AGUCCUGAUCCUGCGAGUGUCGAGCGCGCGUGUGCGUCGAGUCGGACCGGGGACUAGGACAACUUUCGUGCUGUUUUUAUCCAUCAGAACCCCUGGGAUUGAGGACAAGACACGGACCUAUCCUGUCGCUUAAUGGGUGUUUUGGUGCGCAAUGGACGUUUUCAGCGUUACAUCAGCGCUCGCUUUAUUCCCAACAGGGUCUUUUACCCGAACAUGUGGAAAACCAAAUCCAGUUGGAUGUUGAAGUGUGCUGAUUUGAGGAGAUUUCUCUAGAUGUGGGCUGCAGUGGUGAAAUGAUGGCGACUCAUUGGAGGAAUUCAGGCGAUGAGGAGGAGCUGGAUUAUGCCGGCGCAUCUCCGCACUGUGAGGAUGUGGUGGAUCAGGAUGAUUCUUCAGGAGUGCUCUUUCAGCUGGAGGAAGAGCCAUUUUCCUGGCCAGGCCCUAAGAUGUUUCGUCUACGUCGCACUUCACAAGGCUUCGGCUUCACUCUGCGUCACUUCAUUGUGUACCCACCGGAGUCUGCGGUGAACUCCAAUGUUAAGGAUGAAGACCACGGUCGUAGAGGGAGACCGCGGAACAGACUGGAGCCCAUGGACACGAUCUUUGUGAAGCAGGUCAAAGAGGGAGGGCCUGCUCACAGCGCCGGACUCUGCACUGGGGACAGGAUAGUGAAAGUGAACGGCGAGAGCAUCAUUGGGAAGACGUACUCGCAGGUCAUAGGGCUCAUCCAGAACAGUCAUACAUUUUUGGAGUUGUGUGUGAUGCCAAAAGAUGAAGAUAUACUACAACUGGCCUAUUCCCAAGAUGCCUACCUUAAGGGUCAUGAUGCAUAUAGUGGAAAUGCACGCCAUAUACCGGAGCCACCCCCUACAUGUUACCCUCGAGUAGACUGUAAGCCCCCGGUGAUGGCCCAGGCCACUGAGACAUCAGCCCCGGGGGUUGUACCAUCUGAUCUAGGAUACCGUGUGGAGAUACCAGUACCUCCCUCCCCUCCACCACCCAUUCCAAAGACACAGACUGCAGUGUGUGUGUGCAAUGAAAGUGUUCGGACGGUGGUGGUACCUCCUGAUGUACACAUGGGCCGUAUGGUUCCGAGUCAUAGGGUCGACUAUGGUCUAGUAGGCCCAGAUCCAAUGCUGAUCAGAGCCAGGCCUGGUACAGUGUCUGGUGGUCGCCCGCCAUACCUCCACCCUCGCAAAGCUGACAUGUUCCCUUCAGGUUACCAUGGUGAUCCUUAUGCCAUUCCACCUACACACUAUGCGCCUGCUUCCUCCAUUACCUCCCAUGCUACCCACCAGAACAUUGACUGGCGGACUUACCAGACAUACCGUGAAUAUAUUGAUAAUAAAGGUCUUCACACUCACAGUCGGACUAUUCAAGAGCGUUUAGACAGCUUGCGAGCUGCAUCCCAAAGUGUCCACAUUGGCCCCCACUGUGGACCCCAACCUGGCUGGGGCAAUAAGUUACGCCGCAGAAGCACAUCUCAUGACCGGGCUUACCAGGGCCCUUCUGUGCUUCCUCCACGCAGCACUUCGCAGGAUAGGAUGAGUGGGGCAGAGAGAGCAGCCCUCACCAGGGACUGGCCUCCUCGUAGUGUGUCCUCUGACGGCCUCAUGCGUAAGCCACGUGUUCAUUCGUCAGACUAUGUGGAAUAUAGUGAGCUAGUUUCUCCUGCACCAUGGGCUUCUGUGGAUAGGCAGCUGUAUGGUAGAGUAGACCAGAGGAGUCGUCCUAGUAGACAGUCUCUCCCACCUCGGGCGAUCCUUUAUCGUCCCCCAAUAGGGUAUGGUAUGGUGGGUGUCAGGGGUGUUGCUGGCUCCCAUAUGCACAGCUCCAGAACAGACAUCCCACCCACCGCUGGUUUUCCAGAGCGAACUCGCAAUGGACUAAACCAGGCCAAAGAGCCUCCUUCCAAAGACCAUAGUGGAACUGCUGUUGGAAAUCGCAUUUCUCAUUCGUCAUCGAACCAAUCAAGAACUAGGGCUGAAACCAAGCAGAGCUCAGAAACUGGGAAUGAAAAUCCAGUCGGAUAUAGGUCAGCAUCAUACUCUGCUCCGCCUCCACAGAGGCCACAGUGUGGGGCAUCAGCUCAGAGGACACACCCACGGGAUGUCAAGGGCCUACCAGUAAACGGGUCCAUGCCUGUGGAGGGUGUAGUUCUCCGAGAGAAGCCCCCAAUAGGGAAGGGGACCCCACAACCUCUCCGCCAUCACUCGUACAUCCUUGCGGUGAAUGACACGGAUGGAUCCGAGCCGGCAGGGGGUGUUGUCUGCUGGUUGCCCAAUGAUGCACGCCGGGAGAUGCACAUGCAGAGACUGGGGGAGCGGCUUGACUCCUCCUUCUGCUCCAGUAAUCUGGACGAAUCACUUGACUCCAUUCCCUUCAUCGAUGAGCCAGCCAGCCCUAGUGUAGACCAUGAUGGCAGCCAUAUUCCUGCAUCGGCUGUGAUCUCUGGAGCUCAGGCUGUAAUCUCUGACAGCCCUAGCCCUACCACCCCCAGCCCCCUCAUGCGCCGGCAACUGUCUCAUGACCAAGAGUCUCUCAGAAAUGCCAUUCUGGAAUCGGGAACCAAAACGGAGCGCUCAAAAUCAUACGAUGAAGGCCUGGACAACUACCGGGAGGAAGGCCGUGGACGAUCCAGCAAACCGAGUCUAAGGGUCUUCAAGAAGUAUGUGUGUCAUUACAGUGCACCCAGCAGUAAGACAGAGCCGUCACCCAAAACCUCACGGCAGUCCCUCAGCAUUAGACACACCCUGCUGGGCAGCAGCAGUAAGAGUCAGAGCCUCUACUCGCCCAGAAACGAACAGGAGAGGAGUAAAGAUGACUCCAGUCCUCCGAGAGAUAAAGCCGCUUGGAGGAGAGGAAUUCCAGGACUGAAGAAGAAGCUUCAAGAUAAGAGGCCCACUGCUGGCGUCAUGUUUGGAGUACGAUUGGAUAAUUGCCCUCCUGCACAAACAAACGGAUUUGUUCCUUUGAUCGUGGAGGUGUGUUGUAAGUUGGUGGAGGAGAGAGGGUUGGAGUACACAGGCAUUUAUAGAGUCCCUGGAAACAACGCUGCCAUCUCGAGCAUGCAGGAGGAACUAGACACUAAAGGCAUGACAGACAUUGAUAUCCAGGAUGAUAAGUGGCGAGACCUCAAUGUGAUCAGCAGUUUGCUUAAGUCCUUUUUCAGGAAACUUCCUGAGCCUCUCUUUACUAAUGAUAAAUAUUCCAACUUUAUUGACGCCAAUCGAAUGGAGGACCCUGUUGAGAGGUUAAAAACACUGAAGAGACUGAUUCAUGAGUUACCAGACCAUCAUUAUGAAACACUCAAGUUCCUCUCUGCACAUCUCAAAACUGUCUCUGAAAACUGUGAGAAAAACAAGAUGGAGCCACGUAACUUGGCCAUUGUGUUUGGCCCAACUCUUGUCAGAACCUCUGAAGACAACAUGACGCACAUGGUCACGCACAUGCCUGACCAGUACAAGAUUGUUGAGACUCUCAUUCAGCAAUGUGAUUGGUUCUUCACAGAAGAUGGAGAUGAAGAGCCAACGACCACCGUGGAGCAAGAGAGCACAGUUCAGUCUCAGCCUGUGCCCAACAUUGACCAUCUGCUGACCAACAUUGGCCGCACUGCUCCAUCACCGGGAGACGUCUCAGAUUCAACCACCAGUGACUCUGCUAAAUCAAAGCAGGGUUCUUGGGGAUCUGGUAAGGACCAAUGUAGUAGAGAGCUGCUGCGUACUUCCAUCUUUGCUAGCCGCAAACGCAAAAAGCCUAAGGACAAGCCUCAGCCGAGCAGCUCUGAUGAUGACCUGGAUGCUAGUUUCUCUAAGAAAGAUCUUCCAGUGCAAAAUGAUCCAAAUUGGCGUGCUGAUGACCAAACUGAGGAUGCUGAGAGUGAAGUUGGACUUGAUGACCAAAUAGAAAGGACAGAGGAUGAUGAGCAGAGCCCAGGAGACAGCCUUGACCUAACCUCUGAAAACAAGCAGCUAAUUUCCGAACAUCUGCCCCAGGAGACUUGUUCUUCACCUAAGAUCAUUGCAUCGCCCAAACCUAGUUAUCACAUGACUCGCCAGAGUUCCUUGUCCGAUCCUCCCUCCAACUACGAUGACGGAUGUGUCUCGGAUCUGGGCACGCUUAACAGCACCAGUUCACAGGCCUCAGUACCCAGGAUGAGGCACGGGAGGACACCAGGCCACUGGAUGGAGGAUACAGGAAUGGGCCCAGGAGCAGAGGUCUGCUCUAUCACAUCAGAUUACUCCACCACCUCCUCCAUGACCUUCCACACAGGGGUGGAGUCCAUCGCCCUCAGUCCGGAGGUGCAAUCUGUUGCAGAAAGCCGCGGGGAUGAUGCUGACGAUGAAAGAAGCGAGCUCAUUAGUGAGGGGAGGCCCAUGGAGACUGACAGUGAGAGCGAUUUAUCGGUCUUUGCCGGUGGCCGAGAUAGCGGGCCGACUGAAGAUAGCAGACAGCUGGAGGGCAGCGUCACACCUCUGCAAGAUGUACCCAACCUAAUCCCCUCCCAUCGAAUCAUCGCGUGCGACACCCUGGCACGCAAGAGAGGGAGUCGGCAGAAGACGGACAGCGAGUCUUCAGCAGACGGGAACCGCAGUGACAAGGAGUCUAGUCGGCUCUCGCGAGUGUUAGAGGCAGUCAAAGGCCGCUCCACCGGCAGUCUGAGCUCUUCCUCUCGCAGCGAAUCAGAGCGAGCCGAACCCAUGUGGCGAAUCAAAAUCACAGACCGGUUAAAGUGUCGACUGAGGACGUCAGCAGAUGACAUGUUCGGGGUGGGUUCCCAGUGCACCAGGUCACCCGAGACUCGAAGUAAACGGAAAAGCAAUAUCCGCCGCAGGCACACCAUGGGUGGUCAGCGAGACUUUGCAGAGUUGUCGGUAAUUGGGGACUGGCAAACAGUCGAGAGCAAUGAGCUCUCGGCUAUGGAUCGCUUAAAGCCCAAGUGUAGUUCGCAGGACUUCUCCAUCAGAGACUGGAUCGCUCGAGAGCGACACCGAGCCAGCAACCCUGAAGUUAGUCUGGACUUACUGGACCUGCACCCUUCCCGAUCACGGGACCUGUUAUCCGCUGGGUCCUCGCACUCCCACUUGGGUCAGCUCCUUAAUGGAGAUGUAGCGGCCGCUCAGAGCAAGAGCCUAAGCCUGGCUGCAGAUGCCCACCCUCACAAACUCUCUGGUGCACAAGUGGUCCGUUCCCGUUUCUAUCAGUACCUGUGAAAGUGUGUGUGAGUGAACGCUCAUGUAUAGGAGUACACUAUUUGAGUGUCUGAGUAUUGGCAUGUUUUAAGGUACUUGAGUGAUGCUUGUAAGCCAUGUUGGCAUCAACGAGUCGAUAUCAUGAGCGAGAAUGUGUGUGUGAUGUGAGAUCGAGAGAAAGAGUGUAUGAAAUUGCUAUCGAGCGUUCUCGGAGAGUUGCAAGAAAUGUUUUUAAAACAUCCUGUGAUAUUUCCUUCUGUGAAUGAAAUUAUGUACCGAUCCAAUGUUGUACAGCGAACAGAGGCCCUCUCACUGUUGGCUGAAGUGCAGUAUUGCUGGAAAACUGGGAGAGCUCGAAUUCCAGCGAAUAUGGAUUUUAGAUUCGAGACGUCACACAAUGGAGCAGUUGUAGUUGGCUUGGAAGAUAAAGGCAAGUAACCGAGAAAUAGGCUGAGCAGGUAGGUCAAUAGGAUGUUGAGAAGACUAGAGUGUCUUGAGCCUUGAUAAAAGAUUAAUUUUAUUGGAAGUGUAAACGCCUCGUGUUGCGAUAGAUCCUCAGUAACCAAAACAAGAAUGUAUCUGCUUGUUGUAAUACUAAACAAACUGCCAUUUUCAUUUAUGAAGUGUAUAUAUUUCCCCUUUUUGUGCUUUUUUAGUUUAUUCUGCCUGUGUUUGGACUGCUUUGUGUGCUGUGCUUUGGAAAGGUGUCUGUUUAGUUUUUCUUUUCUUUUUUUUAAGUGCAGUGCAUGGCAGACACUCGGCACAGUAAAAAAAUUUUAAAUAACGGAAGACAAAAAGGAACUCCGUUUUACUGAUGCAAUUUGCAGUGUACAUGUUACUGUUUGUUGUAAUACGACUACUGAGACAUGAUUACUGUCUCUGGCAUAAAGCUGGAAAAAAAGAUGAGAAAAGAAUGGAUUGUUAAAGAACAAAUCAGGUGUCUUUGGAUCAUGAAAGUGCCUCAUAUUGAAUACCGAUCUUGGGUUGUUGAGGGUGCCACAUCUCAGAUACAUAAAAAUGUUUUAAAGAUAUGUAUUUUAUUUUUUUUAAAUAAAAAAACUCAGCCACGCUUUCACACAUUCAUGGAAAAAUGAGACGCUUCCAUUCCUACAGCAUUCCUCCUGGGUCUUAACACUAUUUUAAUGCAUUAUUGUUUUAAGUUUUGCAUUUGGUAUUUUAACCAGACUUGAAUUUUAAAUAUUCCUGUAAAGUAAGUAACUUAAUUGUACAUAUCUAUUACAUGUUGUAGCUGCUCCUCAUCCUCCGGUCAUUUUCAUUGCAUCAAUUUCUUUUUGUAAGUAUUGUACGAUACAGAGGUGAGGUUAAGAGACCCGGGAGAGUGAACGCGAACAUGCUAAUCGUCUCUGGGGUCUCCAGUCUCCCUGUGUGUGAACAAUGCCUCCCUAACUGUUUGUAUCAUGCUGGGUCUGCUCAUAUGGUGGACGCACAUUGUAAAACACUGGAAAAUAAACCCUUUUUUGUCUGAUAAA